AUGCCGAAGACAAGAUUGAUCGAUUGCGUCACCCGGAGGCUUGUCUCAGCAGGCGAUGAUGCUAUUCCAAACCCUCGCUUUGUUGCGCUGAGCUACGUUUGGGGACCGAACGUCGGGACCACGACCCUUACGGAAAACCUUCCAUCAAAAUUGCCCCUGACCAUCCGCGAUGCAAUGACGGUUACCAAGGAUCUAGGUUUCCAGUACUUGUGGGUAGAUCAAUACUGCAUCGACCAGUCCGACAAUGUGGACAAGGACAUGCAGAUUCGCCAUAUGGACCUCAUUACCAUCAUCGCUGCCGCUGGAUACGAUUGCGAUUACGGCCUUCCGGGGGUCUCGGACUGCUCCAGAGAUGUACUGGAUCCCUUUAUUCUCGAUGAAGCUCUUACCUUUGGCAUUUUUCCCAAAAUCGAUCCCUUCACGAACCACUGGGAAAGAGGAAGCUGGCAUACCCGCGGGUGGACAUUUCAGGAGGCUCAUCUCUCAAGGAGGCGGUUGGUCUUCUCAAAUACUGCGACGCAUUUCGAAUGCAUGCGGCACGGAGAGUGUCAGACAGAGAUGUGCGGAGGCGUUGAAUGCGCGAAUAGCGAUGCUAUCAAAGAGCACAACUUCGUCGAAUCCAUGCCCGAACGCCGACGUCGGAAGAGGGGCCUAGGAUUGGUCAACAUUGAGCCCAUCACCGGCCAAGCCGAUCCCCCAGUUUACAGCGUCGCUGGUAUUCCUUUCGUUGUGCAUGGCCACGGCGAAGACAACUUGACCGAGGCCAGCUUCGCCCACGGGCUCGCGUGGCAGUCGUCAGUUGGUGGCGUUUUUGUCGACGCGAAUGGGCUCGCGUGGUCGUCGUCAGUUCGUGUCGGUUUUGCCGACGGGAAUUUCCCGUCCUGGAGUUGGGGCGAUGUCAGGGUGUGGAGUGUGUUUUGGAAAGAAGAGCAUGAUGUGCAUGUGGAUAACGCAUUUUCGCAACUGGUAGCCAACACCAUCUACCAUCCACGCGGCGUACACAUCGAGUUCAAUACCAAUGGGAGAAAGGAGUUGAUCGGGCUCGCUGAGUUUGGAGAAGCGUGUCAGUACUCGACGCCACUUAGUCGGAGGAAUCCAACAGCCUUGUGUUUCAGGGCCCGUAUCCUCUCUUCGCAUGUCACCUCGAGAAUGCCGAACGAGAGGAAGGCGAAGGCUUCUUGGGACUUUCGUGGAUAUCGCCAUUGUGGUGGUCUUGAUGCUGAAUUCGAAGAAGUUGUGAAUCUGGUCGUCAACAACACAGGCCACCCCAGUGACGAGCAGAGUGAAAAGAAUGGCGAUGCAGGCCGGAUGGACAACUCUCAACCGCACUGCUUGAUCGAGAUAGAUGAAAAGUUCCUCUAUGAGAAAAUUGUAUCCGGAAGAUGCAAUUUCAUGCUUCUGCGCUGCAAUAGCAUCGCGGCGAAGGUGCUGGUGGUCGAACGGCAGGAUGAGCCAUUUGAGCCCCAGAGAACCGCACGGCGAAUUGGCAUCCUGCAUUUCUCGACGCAGAGGCCACAUGGAGAUAACCACUUGGAGGCCCCGGCGGCUGCUCCGGAAGCUCCCCCAGCUGCAGCACCGCCUGCGGCGGCGGCCGGCGACGCCAACGGGCUGUUUUCAUUCUCGUCGACCAUGCUUACCAACGCUACCCCCGAGCAAGUGGCCUUGCCGGCGUCAGGAACCUUUAAUUUCGGCCUUGACUCGGCCACCGACACAAUCUGCUACAACAUCACUCUGAACAACUUCCAGGGAGAUUUCGCCUCGCCCGCGACGACAGCAACGCAUAUCCACGAGGCGGCGGCGGGCCAGUCCGGCCCACCGAGGAUAGCAUUCCCCAAUCCUGUCGCUGUCGGGGACCCUGCUGCCGGGGUUAUGAACAGCGCCGGCUGCAUAAGGGGGCCUUUCACUACCGGCGUUGCGAUGGAGGGCGCAGAUACGGGAGCGGGAUUUACCGUGGCCCAGAUCGAGGCGAACCCGGCCGGGUUCUUCGCGGAUACCCACUCGAGUCUGGCUAUGCCUGGCGCGGUACGAGGCCAGUUGGCGUGA